GGGGCCAGGGAGGUGUCUGCAAGCCAAGCAAAGGAGGAGAAAUAACGGGAAAAUACUGUAGAAGGGGCAGCUCGGCUAUCUGUGGUCCUGAAGGGGAAGAAAUAUCUCCGACCCCGCAGCAACCGGACCCGCAGCUCCUGAUUUCCAAAAAGAGGCCAAAUCCCCGCCGCAGCAAUGGGAGUGGAAGGCUGUACCAAGUGCAUCAAAUACCUGCUGUUUGUCUUCAAUUUUGUCUUCUGGCUGGCAGGAGGAAUCAUUCUUGGUGUGGGAUUAUGGCUUCGUCAUGAUUCACAAACCUCACUCAUCUUGCAGUCUUCACUAGAUGACCAGCACGCUCCUAACACAUUCUACAUUGGAAUCUACAUUCUGAUUGCAGUUGGAGCAGUGAUGAUGUUUGUGGGUUUCCUAGGAUGUUAUGGAGCUAUCCAGGAAUCACAGUGCCUUCUUGGAACAUUUUUUACAUGCCUUGUCAUCUUGUUUGCUUGUGAAGUGGCUGCUGGCAUCUGGGGAUUCGUUAAUAAGGAUCAGAUUGCCAAAGAUGUCAAACAAUUUUAUGAUCAGGCAUUGCUUCAAUCGAAAGACAAGGAUGAGAACAAAGCAAAAAAGGCACAAACUGUUGUGAAAACCUUCCAUGAAACACUAAACUGCUGUGGCAGAGAUUCUUUAGAUUGGCUCACUUCUGGCUGCAGUGCAAUAGAAAUGGCAAACGAAGGCACUUGUCACUAUAAAAUUGAUGAGCUGUUCUCUGGAAAGCUGUACGUGAUUGGCAUUGUUGCCAUAGUGGUGGCUGUAAUCAUGAUUUUUGAAAUGAUCCUGAGCAUGGUUCUGUGCUGUGGCAUUAGGAAUAGCUCUGUCUAUUGAGAAGCAGAAGAACAGGGACAAGUAGUGGUGCCGAAGCAACCCCAAGUGCCACUGCCUGAUCAGAAGACACUUGUAACAAAAUGAAGAAAAUUAUGUAUAUACAUAUUUCAGAUAUUAUCAUACAGAGCGUAUCAUUCUUACUUGGAAGUCUUCUUGUUCGUUUUAAGGGGUGGGGGAAAGGGGAGUUUUCUGUAUAUUUGUGGCAGAGUUAGUUACACAUCAGUUUAUGGGGUAAAAAAUGCUAUCAUGCCAGUGGUUCCAGGCCUUUAUCAAAGAUAGCCUUUCUCUCCCUGUUCUCAGCCAUUGUUCCCAUUUUACCAAGAUGGAAUUUAAGAGUUUUUUCUUCAGGAGUUUAUCCUUAUGAGGAACAUGGAAAGUGUUUUGCUCCCCAAAAGUGGUUAUUUUUUUCCCCCUCUGGAGGAGAUAAAGUAAAAUCUUCCUGUUCCAAUUUUUUUGUCUUGAUUUCUUAUAAAUCUUGGAUUCUUGGACUAAAUGUGUGAGCAUAAGUGUACAAGAGUCGCUGAGCAGAAUUAAACUGUUUUGCUGUUCUCUUACUAAACCUGCACAUCUGUCAAUAUUUUUUAUAACAAUAAUACCCCUUUCAUUAAAAAGACUUACUUCAUGAAUUCGCAUAAAUCUAUUACUUUGAUGUCCAUUAUAUUUCCCGGAGACAAAGCAUGGAUACAUGUCAUAGUCAAGUCUUCAAAAGAUACUAAUUUAUAGAAAGGGAGAUUUAGCCCCCAACCUGGUCUUUUAAUUUUGAUGUAACUCUCUUUUUUUAGAUGUAGAUCCAAUAAUGGAAUAUACACUCUUUUAAUAUCUUAACACUCACAUUGCUUAGAUUAUUACUUCUGCUGCAUAUAUUGCCUAACAUUGUUUGCUUGGUAAAUGUGUAGUAUUCGGAUGCCAGAAGUAACUGUUUGGGGAAACCAGUUAAAUAAUUUCUGGAAGCCUGUUCAUUAAAUGUAAUUUGUUGGUUUUUAAGGAGGCACCUAUUCUUUGUCAUUGAAAAGCCUUUAAUAAAGCUGGAUAAUAUACCUCAAGAUACAUAGGGGUAUGACACCCACAAAUAAAACUUUGAACCUGUUCUCCACUAGGCAUCCUUUACAAACCGUGAUGACAAAGAAUUGAUUUUUUAAUUGCAUAGUCACAGUGCAAACCUCAGCCUUUCAUACUUGUGUUCUGGCACUGGACACAAGUACCCAAAUCACAAGGUUUUUGCAUCAUGACAUGAAUUUCAUCAUUUGACCCUACCCCUGCAGAUCCCUGUGUAUUCUCAUCUCCACACACCAGAAAUAGAGCAAGAGAACUAUAAGCUGAGCAAUUUUCCAGAACUCCUAACUCACCCAUUACAGUUCCAGACAGAUACCUCUUUCAUAUCCAUCCAGCUGAUAGCUCAAGAAAUUAUUUUCUCUGUGGUUGGCUUAUGAUUUCUGACCAUUCGUCCCCACUUAUCCAUCCUUAAUGCAAAAUUGAAAAUUGUCUUGCUCUUUACCCCUGUUCUGCUAACUGUAUCUUCUGUUAGCCUCCAGAUGUUUUCAAACAUCAUCUGGGACAAUUGGUAUUGUUGUCCAAUACAUCUGGAAGGUCCCAAAUCAGGGAAUAUACAUUGCUAUGUCCUCUAUGCCAUAGAAUGGCCAUAUUGUACCAUAUGCAUAGCGUUUUGUUUUGUUUUAUUUUAUUUUUGAAAUAACAGAAUUCAUUGGUACAGAUAAUCCUAUCCUGUUACCACCUCUUAGUUCCUCAAGUGUAGCUUCUGUGCUGUUCUCAUGUUGUUCUUGCAGAAGUCAUUUUAAUCUUGGUUUCUUCUGCUGUGGUCACAUCAGUUGCAGUGGAUUCAGUGUCCUUUAAAAUAGUAGUUGGAACAGAUGAGCUGCAUGUGAACUGGAUCUACCCACAUUUACCCAAAAGGAAGACAAUCCUAAAGUUAAAAAUACCAGUCUCUUCCCCUUGAAAGAGCAGAGAGAAAAACUCAACUGCCUCCUUUACCAUAUUCUUGUCUCUUUUUAAGGUAAAUUAUUUGGGGUAAAAACUAGUUUUCCUUUCAGGUAAGUGAAGCAAAUAUAACCAUCUGUGUAAACUAGAAUCUCAGGGUACACAAGACACAUCAGAAAACUAAAGUGUUGAUUAGACCUUUCUCUCUCUCUCUCCACACUGCCCCUUCUCCUUCUGACUUCUGGAAUAGGCAGCAACCAGACAUAGCUCCUCCAUAGGGGUUCUUUAAAUAUCUGUCCCAAAUCAGAAACGUUUUGUUUCUGGCAUUCUUAGGGAACUAUGUCUCAAGAGUUUUGCUGAUAUAAGGAAGGAAAUGAGGAAGACAUCUUUUAGCCUUAGAAAUAGCCUUAAAGGAACCCUGCCCUGAAUGUCAAGUUUUGCAUGCACUAAAAACAAAAGUGAUUCUGCCAGUCUACCCACCUUUCAAAGGCUUUGGGGUUACAUGGUCCAGUAUAAUAGACUACUGUAUACAUACAAAUCUUAGGUAUCAGUUGUGCAUGUACAUUUUAUCUACAUACAUAUAUUGUGUGUGUGCAUGUGCAUUGGGGUUACCAGAGUACAGAAUGGAUAUGUGUAACUCAAGGCCUUUUAUUGAGUGUCCUUGAGAAAUGUGUAUAAAUGUACCACUAAAUAGUCUCUGUCUUGUUUUUCCUAUAUUGUAUAUGAAUAUUGUUCAGCGUUCAGUUGGUGACAUGUAAGCAGCCAGAGUUCUCUUCUGAAGAUCAGUGUGUCCCAACCUCAGCAACUUUAAGACAUGUGGACUUCAAGUCCCAGAAUUCCCCAGCCAGCCAUGCUGGCUAGGGAAUUCUGGGACUUGAAGUCCACAUGUCUUAAAGUUGCUGAGGUUGCGAAAUACUGGUGUAGAUAAUGAUUGGAUAUCCUGGCUCAAUAUAAGUUUUAAAUAGGGCAAGAGGAAGUUAAGGAAGUUUUUUCCCAGGUUUUGGGCAAAACCUGCCUAUAUGAAUGAAAAACAGAUAUAGUUUUAAAUGGAGAAGGGGUGCUUAAAAAGAUAUCUGCCCAUCUAGAAGUUUUUAUGAGGAGCAAAACACUUUUUGAGCAAAAGGAAAAGAUUGAAUAUGCACUCUGAGUAGCUCUUCCUCUCUAAAUGAGGUGAUGUGGAGCCUGCUGGAUUUUUUAAUUUAUACUUUUCAUUAAAAAAAAAACAUUGGCAAGUAUGUCGCUUUUGCUCCUGGAAGAUUAGCAGUAAGAAGUAAAGUUUGACAAGUAAAAGUUUUGAUAAGUUUGAAGUCUGAUUUGUAGAAUCAAAUUCCCAUUCUAAAAAGAGAAAAUUGAGUAGCAAUUGAGCCCUAAGGCCAAGAGUAUUAAAUUAUUGCAUCUUUAGCAAUGUGAGGGUAGAGUUGAAAGCAUUUCCAAAACAAGUAAGGAGAUUGCAAUGCUUAGUCAACAACAAAGACAGGUAACAAGUAUCUUCCAACUGUUUUGAAUUUCUGCUGCAAAGAUCCUUUGCUUUUCUGCUGGGGCUGAUGGGAGUUGUGGUUCAAAACAUCUGGAGGGCAUAAGUCUGAUUAUUCCAAGAUCAUAUUGGAAAACAAGUUACCCACUCUAUUACUUCAUGCUGCAGCUGACAAAUGAUGAACAGAAAUGAAAUUCAUGUACUGAAAACCAGCUGAUGGGAGAGCAUCUUGAUAUAUUGGAUUUUUUCCCCCCUGUGCGUAGAUUUUUUUUAUCUCUGUCUAGCAGAGCAUGCACAUGCAUGCUAUCUGAAGUGAUACAGUCUCUGAUCAGUCGUAUUGUGUGAGCUGCUGUUUGUGUAAAUGUGCCUAAGUCCUUUUUCUGUACCAGUAACAACAGGAACUGUUUCCACUUUCUUUAAUCUGUCUGCAAAGAGCUGUGGGAUUAGCAAAAGAGACACAGAUGCCUUCCAGAUUCAAAAACUGGCUGAUAAAUUGGCUAAUGAAGUAUUGCAUGUGUGGUACCAUCUGCCAUAAAUUCAAGCCUUAAAAGUGCCUUUGCUGAGAUUGAAGGAGUACAAAAAUCAUCAUUCAGUACAGCUCUAAUGUUUGAAAGCAGAGGAAUGAAAAAAAGCUCAUUCCUAAAAUGAGGUGAAAGGCAGACAGAAUAAAGGCUUCAUGCCAACUGGAGCCAUGUUCAACAAACUGAAGUUUUAUCUUCACAAGAAUUUAUGUUAGAUGUAAGAAAAUUUAUACUGGUUAUGGUUCCAAGACAAUGAAGGUUGGCAGAAUUGAGAUAUGAAUAUGCCCCAGUCUUAAUUUUUUAAGAUGCCUGGGGAAGGGUGGGAGGGAGAGAGAAAUUAGGAUAGAGAAGUCUCUUAAAAAAAGAUGGUGUAAGGACAAUGUUCCUUUUUAAAGCUGCUUAUUUAAGAAGAAGGGCAGACUUUCUCAGUCCUUUCAUUUCUGUAGUGUUUGGGGAAUUCUAAGAGUUGAAAUUCAGUAUUCUGGAGGGGACCACGUUGUGGAAGGUCAAUACAGUGGGAGGCCAAAGUGAGCUGCUAGCAACAUGGAACUGAAUGCUUUGUUUUAUUUUAUAUAAAAGAACCUGUCACAAGCUAUGUUAACUUUUCUUCUUUGGCUUUUUUUUUUACUUUUAAAAAUUUCAAUAAACAUUUUCUCUAGCGUG